CGUGGGUAACAGAGUACCCCCAUAUAUGACCGAUUUUUGUAUGUUGAUAACGCCAAUCAUUGUGUGUACCAUAUUUGGGCUGCACUGCCUACUAGUAACGUGUAACUGUGGGCGCCAACAACCGCUAGGGCGUUGUGACCCGUCGCGCCGUGUGUGGCGUUCUCACCCUGCGGCAAGCACUUUGGGCGGACUGGCAGCCAUCAUUGCAUGCCUAGUCUACGUUACUCUAAACCGCAAGGUCUCCUGUCCUUGAGCAUCAACACAGUUAGAAUCGUUCGCUUCGUCUUCAGUAACUUUGGAGGGAGUUUAUAGGACAGAAGUGAUAGCCGAGAAAAUGGCGCGUUUGAACAGUGUUGAUUGUUUCUUAAAAUGACGUAUAAAAUUACAAGGUUUUUCAACAAUCAAAAAGUGUGACUUCAGUGAGGUUUAAGGGAAAAAGAGAAUUGUUUGUGAUUUUAUCGAGUGACGGCAAAUAAUACAAACCCCGUGGAGUGUUUUGUUAGUUUACCCCGAACGACAGAAAGUACCGUUGUUGUAAGACUUGUCUGUCAACAGAACAUUUGGUCUUGCGGAAUGUAUCCGAACAGACAUCCGGGGGAAGGGAAAAUGCCCUACCAUUGCAAUGCUUUGCACUCUGUCCUUGGGAUCCUGGAAGCCAGUGAGGGCCCUGCUCCCCAACCGGGACAGCCGUUCAAGUUUACUGUUGGUGACACUUGUGACCGUAUCAAGGAAGAGUUCAAUUUUCUUCAGGCCCAGUAUCACAGUUUGAAGUUAGAACUGGAGAAGUUAGCCAGCGAAAAAACGGAGAUGCAAAGACAUUAUGUCAUGUAUUACGAAAUGUCCUACGGGUUGAAUGUGGAAAUGCACAAACAAACUGAAAUUGCUAAGAGACUCAACGCAAUCAUCGCUCAGAUACUGCCUUUCCUGUCUCAAGAGCAUCAACAACAAGUUGCAGCAGCAGUCGAGCGAGCCAAGCAAGUUACCAUGACUGAGCUGAACGCGAUAAUAGGG